AUGCGUCCCUCUCGUCGCGUUACUUUGUGCACCGCCGCUAAGAAACGCAGCAGCGGCGGCAGCGAUCGUACGAACGCAGCAGCAGCGAUCGUACGAACGCGCAGCAGCGAUCGUACGAACGCGCAGCAGCGAUCGUACGAACGCAGCAGCAGCGAUCGUACGAACGCGCAGCAGCGAUCGUACGAACGCAGCAGCAGCGAUCGCGGCGAGCGUCUCUCCGUGGUGCGUGUCUCCCGCGGCGACUCGCUGUCCGAGGAGCGCGCCGUCACCGGCGUCGUGUGCGGAGUCCUCGCCACCGUCCUGGUGGCCGUCUCCGCCUUCUGCCUCGUCUACUGGAAGCACCACCUGGCGCAGAAGCUGCAGCAGCAGCAGCAGCAGCAGCAGCAGCUGAGCGACGGUGCACUGGAGGCCCAGGGGGUGGGGGCUGAUGACCACGUGGGGGGUGAGGAGGAGGGGGGGGAGGCUCGUGCCUUGACCCCGGGAGGUGACCCCCGCGGAGAGGGGGGGGGUGACCCCCCCCCCCCCCCGGGAGGAGCGGAGACCCCCACGGGGACGAAUCGUUGCCUCUCAAACCUCCGCACACGGCGCGUGCGUGCGCGGUGGCCGUGUGCGAUGGGCCCUCGAGCCUGCGCUCGCUGCAGCCGGACCUCCCCACGGCCGCCCCCUGUGCCCACUGCUGCCUGCACCACGGAGGCCCCGACCACAACCACAACCCUCUCCACCUCCUGGGCAGGACGGCCGCCGCAGGCAAUCGGGCGCCGCGCGGACGCCCGCUCGGCACCGGCCUCGGCGAGGACCCCUGCCGCUGUGGCUGCGAGGACCCCGCGAGGGCCGUGGGGGUGGGGGGGGAUUGGGGUGUCCACGGAGCUCCCCCCGGGGGGGCAGGAGGUGCCCGCUGGCGCCUCGCAACGGAACACUCGGAACCUCCUGCCACCGGCUGUGACCUGCCUACAGGCCCCUGUGAUGACUCCCUACACAAGGGUCACGUGACACCGCCGGGCAUGCUGGGUAGAGGUGCCGCUGCCGCCCCUCUGCCGUGCUCCCAGCAUGCACCCCUCCCGGCCUGCCACUGUGAGGGCUGCCCAAUGGGCAGGCUCGCCGUCGGGGUCAGAGGUCGAGCGCCAACCAAUCAGGAGAUUCGAGUUGACCUCUGAUCGCUGGGUUCACACCACGUUCAGUGAAGAAAGAGGAACAGAAGAGUUGUGACCCUUUGUAGCUUCGUCCGUCCGUCUGUCACGCGGGAGGAGGGGUGGUGGUGGUGGUGGUUACAGAGAUAUCCGGUGAUGGUGGUGAUGGUGGUUACAGAGAUAUCCGGUGAUGGUGGUGAUGGUGGUUACGGAGCCAAGAUGUGGCAGGAAGUCGUGUGGCUGUCAGGGACUCACUCAGCCAUUCACUCAGCUACUCACUCACUCACUCAUUCACUCACUCAGCCACUCACUCAGCCACUCACUCAGCUACUCACUCACUCAGCCACUCACUCACUCAGCCAGCCACUCACUCACUCAGCCAUUCACUCACUCAUUCACUCACUCACUCAUUCACUCAGUCAUUCACUCAGCUACACACUCACUCAGCCACUCAUUCAACCACUCACUCACUCAACCACUCAGCCACUCACUCAACCACUCACUCGGCCACUCACUCACGCAGCCACUCACUCACUCAGCCACUCACUCACGCAGCCACUCACUCACGCAGCCACUCACUCACUCAGCUACUCACUCACUCAGCCACUCACUCACUCAGCCAGCCACUCACUCACUCAUUCACUCAGUCAUUCACUCAGCUACACACUCACUCACUCAGCCACUCACUCACUCAGCCAACCACUCACUCACUCAGCCAUUCACUCAGUCAUUCACUCAGCUACACACUCACUCAGCCACUCACUCAACCACUCACUCACUCAACCACUCAGCCACUCACUCAACCACUCACUCGGCCACUCACUCACUCAGCCACUCACUCACUCAGCCAGCCACUCACUCAGCCAUUCACUCAGUCAUUCACUCAGUCAUUCACUCAGCUACUCACUCACUCAGCCAUUCACUCAACCACUCACUCACUCAGCUACUCACGCAGCCACUCACUCAACCACUCACUCACUCAUUUAGCCACUUACUCAACCACUCACUCACUCAACCAGCCACUCACUCACUCACUCAGCAACUCACUCACUCACUCAACCACUCACUCAACCAGCCACUCACGCAGCCACUCACUCAGACACUCACUCAGUCAUUCACUCAGCCACUCACUCAGUCAUUCACUCAGCUACUCACUCACUCACUCAGCUACUCACUCACUCAGCUACUCACUCAGCCAGCCAGUCAUUCACUCAGCUACUCACUCAACCACUCACUCACUCAGCCACUCACUCAACCACUCACUCACGCACCUACCCACUCACUCAUCCACUCACCCACCUACCCAAGCACAGCAGUCAACCCAUUGCACCUGGGUCUGUGCCGUGACCUUCUCAUGCACCUAGCCUGGCACAGCAGUCAACCCAUGGCACCCGCUGGGUCUGUGCCGUGACCUCCUCAUGCACCUAGCCUGGCACAGCAGUCAACCCAUGGCACCCGCUGGGUCUGUCCCGUGACCUCCUCAUGCACCUAGCCUGGCACAGCAGUCAACCCAUAUCACCUGCGUCUGUGCCGUGACCACCUCAUGCACCUAGCCUGGCACGGCAGUCAACCCAUUGCACCUGGGUCUGUGCCGUGACCUCCUCAUGCACCUAGCCUGGCACAGCAGAGCAACCCACAUCACCUGGGUCUGUCCCGUGACCUCCUCAUGCACCUAGCCUGGCACAGCAGUCAACCCAUGGCACCUGCUGGGUCUGUGCCGUGACCUCCUCAUGCACCUAGCCUGGCACGGCAGAGCAACCCACAUCACCUGGGUCUGUGCCGUGACCUCCUCAUGCACCUAGCCUGGCACAGCAGUCAACCCACAUCACCUGGGUCUGUCCCGUGACCACCUCAUGCACCUAGCCUGGCACGGCAGUCAACCCAUGGCACCCGCUGGGUCUGUCCCGUGACCUCCUCAUGCACCUAGCCUGGCACAGCAGUCAACCCAUAUCACCUGCGUCUGUGCCGUGACCACCUCAUGCACCUAGCCUGGCACGGCAGAGCAACCCAUAUCACCUGGGUCUGUGCCGUGACCUCCUCAUGCACCUAGCCUGGCACGGCAGUCAACCCACAUCACCUGGGUCUGUGCCGUGACCUUCUCAUGCACCUAGCCUGGCACAGCAGUCAACCCAUGGCACCCGCUAGGUCUGUGCCGUGACCUCCUCAUGCACCUAGCCUGGCACAGCAGUCAACCCAUAUCACCUGGGGCCUGCCACGUGACCUCCUGCCAGCAGAGAGCCUUUCCACAUUUCAGGUGCACCUAGCCUGGCGCAAGCGCCGUGGUGACGUCGCCGCCACUAAGUGUUGUUAUUGUGUACGUGUUGUGUGUGUGUGUGCGUGUGUGUGUGCGCGUGUGUGCGUGUGUGUGUGCGUGUGUGUGUGUGUCUGUGUGCGCGUGUGCGUGUGUGUGUGCGUGUUAUUGUGUGUGUGUGCGUGUGUGUGUAUGUGCGUGUGCGCGUGUGUGUGUGUGCGCGUGUGUGUGUGUGUGCGCGUGUGUGUGCGUGUUAUUGUGUGUGUGCGUGUGUGUGUGUGCGCGUGUGUGUGUGUGCGUGUUAUUGUGUGUGUGCGUGUGCGCGUGUGUGUGUGCGUGUGCGUGUGUGUGUGUAUGUGCGUGUGUGUGCGUGUGCGUGUUAUUGUGUGUGUGCGUGUGCGUGUGUGUGCGUGUGUGUCUGGGGAGCGGUGGUGCAGCGGUUAGCGCUGCGCUACGAACCCGGCGACCCGGGUUCGAUUCCCGCUCACGGCAACCAACACCACCCAGUGACGAUUAUCUGAACCGUGUAGUUAAACAUCGCCACUGGGGGAGAGACAAAGGCGGCCGGGCGUGGUGCUGCAGCUGCUGCUACUCGCUGACAGCACUUGCCCCAAAGGUCUGUUAAGGCUGCACGGGGGACCUUUGUCUUUGUCCCCGUGUGUGUGUUGUGUGUACGUGCCGUGUGUGUGUGUACGUUAAGAUGUCGAUUUCACAGUGAAUAAAGUGUUGGUGUUUAUAGUUA